AUGGUGAGCCGACACAAACGCGACAGCAGCGGCCUCCGCGUGUCGGAGCGCGAGCCAAUGGACACGAGCGCGUCUGGAACGAGUGCUGUGCCACAUAAAAGGUACUCGAAGCCACGACGGCCGCACGUUCCGCCGCCGCCGCCGCCGCCUCCCAUUUCUUCCGCUCAGUUUGGCCACGUUGAUAGUAAAGUGGAGACCUCGGGGCGUCAAAUGCCAGGCAGUGAAAUGCCGUAUCACACGCGCACGGACGGCGUGAUGAACGCGAGCGAGUUGUUUCCUACUGGGAUGAGUGAAGCAGGUAGGGCUGGGUACUCGUCGAUGAAAACGCCAGUGGAGAUGAAGGACUAUGCGGCCAAUACGAAACGUGUUCGCUCGGUGGAUGAGAGCUCGGAGGACAGCAUUGACAAUGGGAGCUACGUGACGGACAAGAUCCAGGGCGGUUUAAAUGAAGGCAUUGGCUGGUUCCAUGCCAAGAUCAAGGUCGAGAACACGAUCCACUGGGCCAAUAACUACAAGAUCCAGUGCUGUAUGUUUUUCAUAUUCAUCUGUGGUGCCGCGCUUACGGUCGCUUUUGCCGACAAUGAUGCUAAUGCAUCAGUCGGACUCGUUGCUGGCAGUCUCAUUACGCUCUUCUGUUGCUCAGCAGUGGUGUAUACGUUUCUGACGCGACCGACGUGGCGUAAACAUCCAAACCCCAUCAUUUUCUUUCGCAGUAUCUGUGAUAUCUGUCUGGUCGCGGUGCUGCUUAUUACGGAGCUGUACAAGUGUGGCAGUGGAGACUGCUCGAAUUCGCUAACAGGAGCUUCGUGUACUGCAACGGCUGCGCUGACACAGUUUUUCCUCUGGACAUCGGAGAGUUGGUUCUUUGUCAUGGCAAUCGACAUGCUGUCGUCGUUGCAGAGUCCGUUUACUGAUUACAAGAGCAACGUCCGCCGGUACCAUGGCUUUGUAUGGGCAACAGGCCUUCUUACGUGUCUCCUGCUGGUGUCGAUCCCGGAUUUUGCUGGCGAGUCCGAGUUUGGAUAUUGUUGGACAGCAAGCAAAAGCAAGUUGCGUCGUGGCAAGAGCGAAAGCUCUGGCUCGAGCGAUACGGGCAAUCUUUGGAACCUCAAUUUUCAAUCGUGGCUACUGUUCUACAUCUGGCUCAUUUUGUUCUGGAUCUACGCUAUCACCGUUAUCUACUGGGCGUACAGGCGUCUUAACUCUGGUCUUUCGGAGACACUGCGCAUGCGUCUUCGCGUGCUACACUCGGUCACGAUUUAUGUGAUUGCCAUUAUCAUCUACUGGGGCCUGUCGUUUUGUAUCUACGUGCCGUUCUUGGUUCAAGGCAACGAACGGUCGAGUCGAGUCGAGCACAUGAUGAACUUUAUGAUUACAUGCAAGGGAUACUUCGACUUUGUGGUGUGGUUUCAAAUGAACGAUUUUCACGAUGCGUUGAAGAAAGGCAAAGGGAAGAAGACGGACGUUGACGUGGAUGUGGAUUUGAGCCCUCAAGUGAACCUUGCUUUGCGCUGCGAAGUGUUGUACUACACGACGACGGGCAUCAUUCAGGCUGUACGAGACACGCAGCAUUUGCCACCGGGCGCUAACCAGCAGGAGUUGUAUUUGCAGCCACAGGGUACCGAAGACAAUCGUGGAUCCCUUGGUGUCGAUGAGUACAUGAUUCGCACGCGCCCAAAAGCUGCAUUGGGCAAGGGCACGUUGUUUAUUGACUAUUGCCCCCACACGUUCCAGACGAUUCGUGAACAUUUUGGAAUCAACACGAAUCAGUACAUCGAGAGUCUGAGCCGGACAACAAAGGAGCGACUGAGUGAAGGCGCAAGUGGGGCUUUCAUGUUCUUUUCGCACGACCAGCAGCUUAUUGUGAAGAGUAUGAGUGACGAGGAGUCGGUCUUCCUGCGCUCAGUAGCAGCCGAGUACGCCUCCUUUUUGCUGACGAACCCGGACAGCUUACUGACGCGAUUUUACGGUUGCCACGCGAUUCGGCUGUAUGGCAAUACGUUUAAUUUCGUCGUUAUGGCCAAUCUGUUCAGCACGGAAAAAGUGAUUCAUCGGCGGUACGAUAUCAAGGGUUCCUGGGUGAACCGCAGCGCCAAGCACCCAUCGAAAGGCAAGCGAGUGACGUGCCGUCACUGUAACGCCAAGUACGUCUUUGGCUCAACGGAUGCAGAGAAUUGCCGUGCACGAGUUGGUCGCCACGAACCAAAUGUGAUUUUGAAAGACAAUGACUUGACAGCAAAAGUUCGCUUGGAUCCGAAAGUUGCGGAGGAAUUGUACGACCAGCUAGUGAAGGACGCGAACUUCCUGUCACGAUUAGGGAUUAUGGACUAUUCUCUUCUGCUUGGUAUUCAUAACGUGGAGUACAUGGUGAACCCGGAUUUGGAGGAAGAACCUGUGCUUCCACCGAAAGAUGCGGUUGGUCCGAGACGUCGAAGUACUGCGAACAAUUCGUCCAUGGUGGGAUCCAAUGCUCCUCCCAUUAGGGAAUCGAAGCCACAGACAGGUCUUCCUCGCCUUGCAACUGGUACUCGUCGGGCGAACACCGUGGUCGGUCCUUCAAUCUACUACUUCGGGCUCAUUGAUAUCCUGCAGACGUGGAACAUGGACAAGAAGCUCGAGCGCUUUGCUAAGACCAAGUUGCUGGCAAAAGAUCCGGACGGGUUGUCAGCAAUUCCUCCUGCUGCAUACUACGAGCGUUUCAAACGAAAGAUGGGCGAGAUUUUGUCGGUAACCCUUCGUGACGAAUACACGGAGUUGUAUGUUGGUGAGCGGAGAGAGGGCAAUGGCCCCGAUCUGAUGGACGCCGACCCGAACCGGCGUUUUUUUUAA